AUGACUGUGUUUCUAGGGGUCUACAAGGCCGUCUACGAUUAUGAGCCGCAGACAGAGGAGGAAUUGGCCGUCAGGGAGAACGAUAUGCUCUAUCUGCUGCAGAAAUCCGACGUGGACGACUGGUGGACGGUGAAGAAAAGGGUGAUUGGGUCGGAUGUGGAGGAACCUUCGGGGCUUGUGCCCUCGAAUUACAUUGAGGAGAGCCCCGUGAUUGGCCAAUGGAGGGCGCUGUACGACUACGACCAACCGCAGAACCCGGACGAGGAGUUGGCAUUCAAGGAGAAUGACACUUUCGACCUGUUUGACGCUCAGGACCCGGACUGGCUGCUGGUGAGGUCUCAGCGGGACGGCAGUGUAGGGUUUGUUCCAGGAAACUACGUGGAACCAUUGGCUGGUGCCGGUGCCGGCGCAGGUGCAGGUGCAGGUGCAGUCCCCAUAGCGGCGCCAGUGGCCGUUCCUACUACAGCGACGAACACUGCCCCGGCACAAACUGCUGCGUUCUUACCACCACCACAGCAUGCUGCAAGAGAUAAAUAUGUUGCCGAUUCUGUGAGGAAUCCAACCGAGGCGACCGGAGGACCAGAUAGGGAGGAAACUCCACCUCCAAAACCAACGAGACCCGUCGCACAAGAUCCAGCUUCCCCGCAUGACGAUCGUCACGGAGAUAGUCGGGCUGGUGACGACUUGAGAGCGAGGGCGCGUAACAGAAUGUCGUAUGAUGCCGAUGAUGCCGAUGCCGGGGGUUACCACGACCCACGCGGGUCGAUGCCCGCAGCUGGCGGUAGGGGUGCUCGUGGGGACAGAAGAAGCAGUGACGAGUAUGACGGUGGGUCGUACCAGACAUGGAAUAUCCAAGAGAUUGAGGGCCGCAAGAAACAUAAGGCGAAAUUGUCCGUGGGCCACAAUAAGAUCAGCUUCAUUCCGAACAAGGGCUCGCCGCAGGAAUGGAGUAUUGACAAGCUCGUCUCGUACGAUAACGAAAAGAAGCAUGUGUUCUUGGAGUUCAUCGACCCGUAUAAGAACAUAGAACUGCAUACUGGGAAUAACGACACCUCUAAAGAGAUCAUGGCUGUCCUUGGCGAGUACAAAGGUGCUCAAAAGGGCGCCGGCUUGAAGGAGGUAGAGAUGGCGUCGAAACCGAGAAGAAGGGCUAGGAUCAUGUUCGAUUUUAUAGGGGAAGCAAACGACGAAUUGACAGUCAAGGAGGACGACGCAGUAUACAUCAUCAACGAUAAAAAAUCUAAGGAUUGGUGGAUGGUCGAGCUUGUCAGUACGGGAGAGCGAGGGGUUGUCCCAGCACAGUUCGUAGAGAUUGUAAAGAGCAAGGACGACCAAGGAUCUGGGUUCUUCAACUCGAUCAGAAAAAUGUCCAGAAGCGCAAUGAACAAGUCACCAGCGAAGGGCUCGGAGCACAUUAACCGCAGGUCAUCCGAUGCUGCUCUAGGUGGGGACUGGAAGGACGAUGCGGAUCAAGAAAUAUCCACAGAUAAAAAAUCAAGAAGUAGACUAUCGUCAUUCUCACACAGAAAGAAACGGUCCUCAUCCAUGAGCAAAGAGAGUGGGUCCUCGAAGAAGAACUUCCCAGACCCCAAAAAAUCUCGUCUGUGGGUCGAUAGAAGUGGGACUUUCAAAGUCGAGGCUCAAUUCAUCGGCUCGGCAGAUGGGAAGAUUCACUUGCACAAAUCCAACGGUGUUAAGAUCGCCGUGGCUGCCAACAAGUUAUCGAACGACGACUUAGUCUACGUGGAGAGGGUGACAGGAUUCAGCCUGGACAAGUACAAGGCAACUUCCGGGAGAAGCCGCGCUGGGUCCUCGUCUAACGGCAGAGACCCAAGAGAGGUCGAGCGCGAGAGAAGAAGACGCCUAAGGGAUCAUGAGGAGAAGGAACGGGACAGAAGAGUACGGGAGCGGGAGUUAGAUGAGUUAAGGAAGGCGAGAGAACUGUUGGAUGAAGAAAGGCUCAGAAUACAGGAGGGGAAGGAACUACCACCAGCGAAACCACCCAGACCAGGCUCUACAGGUGGCGCAGGUAUGAAACGUUCUGGCUCCACGAAGAAGAGUGGAGAACAAUACGACUGGUUUGAAUUAUUCUUGAGUUCUGGUGUCGAUGUGGGUAACUGUCAAAGGUACACCAUCAAUUUCGAAAGAGAACAAAUCACUGAAGAUAUGAUGUCAGAUAUCAACCAGUCAAUGCUACGGACGUUGGGUCUACGCGAAGGUGAUAUCGUCAGGGUGAUGAAAUACCUGGACAACAAAUUUGGUAGAGAGGGUCAACAGACUGGUUCAGCGACCGGCGGUAACAUGUUUUCGCAGCCGGACGGCUCCUUGCGUGUAGACGCUGCAGCGAUGACCGGCACGCAACCGAAUGUCGCACAACAAUUGUUGCCACAGGCCACAGCACCAGCUGCAUCUUCGGCACUUCUUGACGACGAUGGUUGGACAGCGAAACCGGCUGCCAGAUCUCAGCCCGACUUGAGUGGCAAGAAUACUGAAUUCACAGGGUCCAUGCAAGACUUAUUGGACCUGGAACCCCUGGAGCCAAAGAAGGCGCAAUCAUCCAACGACCAAACGAACCUUCCAAACGCAGCCCCAGAACCGAAUUUGAAAGACUUGCAACCUGUAAGAACAGGCACCUUUAUUGCACCAACAAAUACAGGUGGACCUCAAAACUUGAUUCCAUUGGAUCCCUUCAAAACAGGUGGUAACAAUAUUCUACCUAUGGCUACGGGGAUUUUCAUGAUGCCAUUUAAUACAGGAGGGAUGAUGCCAAUGCAAAGAACAGGUGGAAUGCCUCAAACUACUUUUAGCACGCAAUUGACUGGCGGGAUCUUACCAGUACAGAAAACUGGUAACGGUUUAAUCCCUAUUGCAACAACCGGUGGUCCAAUUCCUCAGACAACAUUUGGUGCUCAGAGUACAGGGAACUUGAUUCCUUUACAAAAGACAGGUGGUCUGCUACCGGUUUCUAUGACUGGUGGAGCCAUUCCUCAAACCACAUUUGGUUUACCUCCAUUAGGAUCCGUUCUGCCUGUUCAAAGAACGGGAGGCGGUCUUGUUCCUAUGAAUACAACAGGGGGUGGUAUGCCCCUGCAAAUGACAGGUGGUAUGCCACAGACCAGUUUUGGUACCCAACUUACUGGCGGGGCUAUGCCUAUGACUAGCUUUGGAAAUCAACUGACAGGUAAUGCCAAUAUGAAUAUGAUGCCGCAAACAACAUUUGGCAAUCAAUUAACGGGUGGUGCAAAUAUGAUGGGUCAAGCACCACAAACUUCGUUCAACACAAUGCAACAGCCAAUGAUGCAACAACAACCCAUGGUUCAGCAGCAGCCUAUGGUUCAGCAGCAACCGAUGAUGCAACAACAACCGAUGCAGAUGACAGGUGGGGCGUUACCCCUACAAAGAACAGGUGGUUUCCAACCUCAGUCGCAGUUUGGUGUGGUAUUGCAGAGAACUGGUGGCGUGGCCCCCAUCGCUCAAAACCAAUUUACUGGAGGUGUUAUGCAACAACCUCAAAUUGGGAAUGCUGCUGUCACAGGUAUAAGCCAGGGUUUGCAGAACACGUUCAUAUCUCAACCCCAACCGAUGCAACAGCAGCAGCAGCAGCAGCCCUUGCAAACACAACCAACUGGGUUUGGGUUUGGUAAUGGCCCUGGUCAGCAGCAGCAGCAGCAGCAGCAGCAGGGACAGGCUAAUUUAAUGAAUGCCAGUGUCGCUAAUCCAUUUGGCUUUGCCUAA